AUGGAAGGAGCUCUUGCUGAUAAAACAGAAGAAAGUCUCGUUCGUCUAGUCGCGCCAAUCCUGUCUGCCAUUGACAUGGUCACCACUACUGGUGACGUUCAGACCCUGGAGUCGGAGUCUGGAGGCUCGACUCUUGGAGGUGCAGUGGGAGAGGCGUCGGCAGAAGACGUCGAGGAGACCGUCUUCUCGCACGGUGAUGGAGUGCCGAACGGCGACGCCAUCCUGUCCGCCAUCUUCGGAGCUUCGGACGUCUCCUUAUCGGCGGCAGAAUCAGCAAAGGCCGCGGAAAAAGCGUCUCAGGCUCUUCCACCUCUUUGGAGGCGCAUCGCUGCAGAUUUCGGGUGCUUCGGCCACCGGGUCUAA